UAUAUCUUUGCAACUUUAUAUAUGCAUCAUAUAGAUAGACAUCAUAAGAUUGCCUCUACUCUCUAGCCAGCUGCAUCUUCUGCCUCCGGUCCAGCCCUCUGCUGCCGCCCCGCCCCACACCAAAGCAAAGGGUACAGAUCAGUCAUAAGUACGCGUCCUUGGGUGUGUAGCCAGCAAUCAAUGGUCAUGGCGAAGCAGCACGAGAAGGGCUCACCAAAGCGAGCUUCCAAUGAGCCUGCUCCCCGCAGCGCCGUCGCCGGCCGGCCACGGCCAGGCCCGCCGGCUCCUUUCAGGCUUGAGCAGUGUUGCCGUUGCGACGACCACCGCCGUCAGGAGGACGAUGGCUCGUCGAACGGCGCUGGCCCGUUGCUCCUGACUCUCGGGCCUCUCGGCCCGGCCACCGACCGCCGCUGCUCGUGUGUCGUCGCGCCGGCGCCGGCGCCGACGCCGGCCACGAUGUCCGUCCUGCGAGGAUCCCGGUACCUGAGGCCGGCGCAGGAGCUGCUGGGCGAGGUGGUGCGCAUGGCCGACCUGGCGGCUGGCGCGGGCGACGAGGAGGCGGCUGCAGACAAGCAGGAGCGGCUCGAGGCCGGCGGUCACCGUGCGGUGCGUCGAGCGGCCAAGAACGACGGCGACGGAAUCCAGGCCAAGCUCCUCGCCCUGCUCAGCGAGCUGGAGAGCCGGCAGGAGCGCUACUUCGGCGAGCUGGGGCGCGUGGCGUCGUCGUUCGAGCCGGCGCUGGGGGACGGCGCGGCGUCCGCCUACACGUCCCUGAUGGCGCAGGCCAUGGCGCGGCACUUCGGCAACCUGCGCCGCGCCAUCCUGCGCAGGCUGAGGCUCCACGCCGCCGCCGCGGCGAAGCGGUCGCCGCGGGCCGGCGAGGAGGGGGAGCACGGCGACGGCGAGGAGGAGGAGGAGGUGACUGAGGAGAUGGUGGACAGGGUGGCCCGGCGGACGAAGCUGGCCGCGGUGGCGCGGGCGGAGCAGGCGUGGCGGCCGAUCCGGGGCCUGCCAGAGGGCUCCGUGGCCGUGCUCCGGGCGUGGCUCUUCGACCAUUUCCUCCACCCGUACCCCGACGACGGCGAGAAGCUGAGGCUGGCGGUGACCACCGGUCUGAGCAGAAGCCAGAUAUCGAACUGGUUCAUCAACGCGCGCGUGCGGCUGUGGAAGCCGAUGAUCGAGGAGAUGUACAAGGACGAGUUCUCCGAGGGUUCCGCCGUUUCCAGGGACGACGACACCAGCGGCGCCUCCUCGUCGUCUUGAUCAACUAUGACUAAUCCUGGUGAAGAGCGACGAGCUAUUUGAGAACUGGAGAUUGUCACAUGUCGGUUGGGUAUCACCACAUUAUAUUUAUUUAUAUAUCCAUGCUUAAUCACGUGUCUUUUUUCUAAGAAACACACGCGACAAAGAUUAGACUGAUGAACAAGAGAGAAGGAGGCGACCAUGUUUGUAGUGUAGGAAUCAUGGGAUUGUUCAUGUUCGUGUUGCUAUCGUCAGAGUAGCCAGGUGUCUUCUGUUUUUUAUCAGAGCGGGCACACUUGUAUAACGAAGUGCUCGUUUUUU